GCGGCGGCGGCGGCGGCGGGCGGGCGGCCCCGGGGGCGGCGGCCUAGGGCGGGCGGGGCUCCGGAGGCCUCGUCCUUCGCGGGAGGGGCCGGGCUGCACCCAUGGACGACAGCAAAGUAGCUGGAGGGAAAGUGAAGAAACCAGGGAAACGGGGCCGUAAACCAGCCAAAAUAGAUUUGAAAGCUAAACUUGAGAGGAGCCGGCAGAGCGCGAGAGAAUGCAGGGCGAGGAAGAAGCUGAGGUACCAGUACCUGGAAGAGCUGGUUUCAAGCAGAGAGAGAGCCAUAUGCGCCCUUAGAGAAGAGCUGGAAAUGUACAAGCAGUGGUGCUCAGCAAUGGAUCAAGGGAAAAUCCCCUCUGAAAUUAAAGCUCUGCUAAGCGGGGAAGAGCAAAGUAAACCACAGCAGAACAUGGCCAAGGUUGGCAAGGCUUCAAAGAUGGAUGCAAACAGUCACAGUUCCUGGUGAAGGUGGAACAGCCAAGAUCAAAGUCCCUAUUUUAUACUACCAACACUGAUUUGUAGUCUUUAUGCUAAGCUUCCCUUCCACUAUGAUGUGUGGCAAUGCUGCAGCAGCAAAGAACUUGAUCGUUGAGGUGAAUCACCAAAAUAACCCAAUGGCAAGCCAACAGAAUUAAACCUACAACUUAAAAAAAAACCCAGUUUGUUAUAUAGAUAUAGAAACUACAACUUACGUGUAUGUAGAUAUUUCUGCUGUGACAGUGAAGGAAAUUUCCGACCUUGCUGUUAUAAUUGCUCAUGGUUUAUGUGUUGGAUUUUUCUGUUUAGUAUUCAUAGGAGUGGCUAUUUAAGAAACCAUGUGCAGCAAAGGCUGAGAUCUUGGCCAUCUGGUAUCAAAGUAGUCUGUUAUGUGUAUGGUAUUUAUCUGUGGUCCAUGUUGUAAUAAUAAUUCCAGUUUCCCAUGGUGGGCUGGAAGUAUGUAAUGGGUUUACACUUCUGUUAUUUCUGACCUAGUGCAGCAUUGUGGCUGAGAAGAGGAGGUCCCUGGUUCAAAUCUCGCCUCUGCCAUGAAUUCCCUUAGGCAAGGCAACUCAGAGGGAUAAUACUGACUUUUCUUUCUACAGGGUUGUUUUAAGCAUACAAGUGUUACCAUGUCUGUGAGAUGCUUUUUGCGUACAUUCCUAUGCAAAACUCCCUGCAGACAAAAAACUAGCACAGGUGCAGGUGGGAAUGGGCUGUUAUGCUCGGUGUGUGCUUGCUUUUUUGGUAGUAAGGAACCAAUCAAAAACAGUAUGUCCCACCUACUGUCUAUAGUGCUAAAGUCCUUCUGUCACCUCAGUCUGCCACCUGUGUAGACCAGGCCUCAGUCAAUGUUUCCCAAACAUUUGACAGGCAAAGAACUGUAAAUAAGUGUAUUGUUAAAUCAAGCUUGAAGGGAGACUUUCCAUUCUUUUUCAAAAAGAUACCUCUGUUUGCAGAAUCAAUGGAUAGGCAUUCUCCUUGCAGUUCCAGGGCAGCCCAGUUAACGUGGCUUCCCACCCUCCCUUUUGCCCAGUCAGCCAGGGAUCGGGGAUGGCACUGUGUUGGCUGGGCCAUGCCAACACUCCUGGGAUUCUCCCGCAGCCACCAGCUCUGGGGCAAGCUCCAUUAGUAGCCCCCUGUGUCCCAUUUCUCCUUUGGGAUGAUGUCACUGUCCACCUAUUGGUAGAGAGCAGGGGAAGGCAGCCCCACACAGGAUCGCUCUGCACUGAGCAGCAUGAGAGUGGUGGUGAAGACGUCCAACAUAGUGGCUUAAACGUACCUUUAUAAAAACGGAGCCAUGCUUGUGAGCCCUAUUCCCACAGUUGGUGAAUUGCUGUUCUGUGCCACAGUCAGGACUCUGGGCCACCCUCCUCCCAUUCAGGCAUGCCACAUGCCGGCACUCCUUAAGGCUCCCCUACUGCAGGCUUACCCAGCCAUGGAUUAAUUUGACCUAUUAAAUUAAGUCUUUCAAGGGUUCAUUGUUUUGUGACAUGAGGUGGCCCUUUUUACACCCAAGUGAAACUAUCUCCUUGAAAGUAAAAUCCUGCUGGAGUGUAUCUGAGCAGGCGCCCUUUUGCUUUAGACUUCUUUAGCUUGUGUGACUGUCUGCCUGUUUGGAACCUGCUUAUUGAUGCUAUCAUUGAGUCAAAACCUAAUGCAUUAUUCCUUGCUUCCUCAACGCACCCAAGGAGCAGCUGAGUGGGACUGGGGUGGGGUGGCAUUUCUCACCUGGCUGGCUGACAGCGGGAGAAAGAGAGGAAGAGAAAUGGUCUGCCCAUCUCUCACCACACUGACUUUGCUCUUGCUGAAGUGACUUCAUUAGCGGGACUGCGCACAAAUUAACAAGAGGGUGAACUGGGGCGGGUAUUUUAGGCAGCAUGUUGAGUAGAUGUAUUAUAGCAGGCUGACUCCGAUGCAGGGCUUUUGAUGCAGGAUGCCCUGCAGGCUCCAUUUAGAGCAGAGCUCUCCAAACUUUUCAUGUUGGUGACACACUUUUUAGACAUGCAUCACUUCGCGACACAAUAAUUCAGUUUUACUGGAGGUCAAACUAACCCCUUAUAAGAUCGUUCACGUGACACACCUACACACUAAUGUGUUGUGACACACAGUUUGGAAAGCUCUGAUUUAGAGUCUGACUGUAGCAUUGUGCAUCAGAAAGGGAAAAUUUAAUCUCUUUCAGCUUGAUGUCUUGAUCACUCACAUAUAUUUGCUGUGAAGAAAACACUUAAAUUCUUGUAAGACUCCCAAGUCUGUCCUUUUUUGUUUUAUAUUAAAGUGGAUGUAACUUCAAA